CAGUCUCGCCGCCAUGUCGCGCUUCACACGCACCAAGCCGCUUACCGCGUGCCCCCGCCUCUGGGGCUGGCUGAGGCCUGCGACGGCCUUGGGCGCUGCUCGUCCGCCCCCCGCAGUCCCCUCCCCUCAACCGAGCCCGCCCGAGCCCGCCGGCCCGGCCACGCGGGGGAGCUGAAGCGACGCUAUCUCUUUUGCUCUCCCCGAGGGCGGGGACGCGGGCCGCGGUGCUGGAGCCCGGCCCCUCACGCCCCAGUCCCCGCUGCCUCCUCCUCCUCCACUUCCUCCUCCUCCGGGCUGCCCGCCCGGCUCCUCCCUCCGCCCAGGGUCUGCGGGGAAGGAAACCGAAAGUGCGCGGCGGCGGGCGGGGCCGCCAACCUGCUUGGGCCGGAGCGGAACACUGACCGGCGGCGACGGGGCGGAAAGACGCGCCGCACCCCGUUAAGGUAAAGAAAGUAACGUGAAUGUAGAAGAAUUUGAGUGACUUAGACAUGGAGGACAGAAGACCUCAUUUGGAGGCCAGAGCCAGGAAUCCUCAUAUUAACUACAGAGGGCCUGUGGAUGGAGAAUUACCACCGAGAACUAGAAAUCAGGCCAAUAAUCCACCAGCUAAUGCUCUCAGAGGAGAAGCCUGUCAUCUUGGAAGGCAUCCAAGAGGCAACAUUCAUCCUGUUCCUUACCGGCAGAGGGAAGAAAGAUUUAGGGCCAUGGGCAGGAACCCACAUCAGGGAAGAAGGAACCAAGAAGAGCAUACUGGUGAUGAAGCUAGAGGCCAAAGACAUGGUCAAGAGAAUGAUGCCAGGCGGAGAAAUGACAACCAAGAAGGAAGGAACCACAGACCACCAUGGUCCAAUGAAAAUUUCCAGCAGUGGAGAACCUCCCACCAGAAGCCUGCAGAACAACCACAGCAGGUAAAGAAACUGGGCUUUAAGUUCCUAGAAAGCCUUCUGCAGAAAGACCCCUCUGAGGUGGUCAUCACACUUGCCACAAGUUUAGGACUGAAGGAACUUCUGUCUCAUUCUUCCAUGAAACCCAACUUCCUUGAGCUCAUCUGCCAGGUUCUUCGGAAAGCUUGCAGCUCUAAAAUGGACCGUAAGAGCAUUCUUCAUGUACUAGGCAUAUUGAAGAACUCCAAAUUCCUCAAGGUCUGCCUGCCUACUUAUGUAGUAAGGAUGAUUACUGAACCCAUUGCUGACAUUCGAAACCAAUAUCCAGAACACAUAAGCAAUAUCAUCUCUCUUCUCCAGGACCUUGUAAGUGUCUUUCCUGCCAGCUCUGUACAGGAAACUUCCAUGCUCAUUUCUCUCUUGCCAGCUUCUCUUAAUGCCUUGAGAGCCUCUGGUGUUGACAUAGAAGAGGAAAUAGAGAAGAACUUAGAAAAGGUGCAGACCAUCAUUAAACAUCUACAGGAAAAGAGACGAGAGGGCACUUUGAGAGCGGACACCUACACUCUAGUGCAGCCUGAGGCAGAAGGCCAUGUUGAGAGCUACCGAACCAUGCCCAUAUACCCAACCUACAAUGAAGUACACUUGGAUGAGAGGCCCUUUCUUCGCCCCAACAUCAUUUCUGGAAAGUAUGAUAGCACUGCUGUCUAUCUGGAUACCCACUUCCGACUCUUGCGAGAAGAUUUUGUCAGACCCCUACGGGAAGGCAUUUUGGAACUUCUCCAAAGCUUUGAAGACCAAUGCCUGAGAAAGAGAAAGUUUGAUGACAUCCGAAUCUACUUUGAUACCAGGAUUAUCACUCCCAUGUGUUCAUCAUCAGGCAUUGUCUACAAGGUGCAGUUUGACACAAAACCACUGAAGUUUGUACGCUGGCAGAAUUCUAAGCGAUUGCUGUAUGGGUCCUUGGUAUGCAUGUCCAAGGACAACUUUGAGACAUUUCUUUUUGCCACAGUUUCUAACCGGGAACAAGAAGAUCUCUGCCGAGGAAUUGUUCAGCUCUGCUUCAAUGAGCAGAGCCAACAGCUGCUAGCAGAAGUACAGCCCUCAGAUUCUUUCCUCAUGGUGGAAACAACAGCAUACUUUGAGGCAUACAGGCAUGUCCUGGAAGGACUCCAGGAAGUCCAGGAGGAAGAUGUUCCAUUCCAGAGGAAUAUUGUGGAGUGUGACUCUCAUGUGAAAGAACCAAGAUACUUGCUAAUGGGAGGCAGAUAUGAUUUCACCCCUUUAAUAGAGAAUCCCUCCACUAUUGGGGAAUCUUGGAGGAUUCUUGAGGGCUUGAGACGUCCUAAAGUUAAUGUCUUAGACCUUAGUCAGUGGCCUUCAAAAGAAGCCCUGAAGCUGGAUGACUCACAGAUGGAAGCCUUGCAGUUUGCUCUCACAAGGGAACUAGCUAUUAUUCAAGGACCUCCUGGCACGGGCAAAACCUACGUGGGUCUAAAAAUUGUUCAAGCCCUUCUGACCAACGAGUGUGUUUGGCAAAUUAGUGCCCAGAAGUUCCCCAUCUUGGUUGUAUGUUAUACUAAUCAUGCUUUGGACCAGUUUCUGGAAGGCAUCUACAAGUGUCAAAAGACCAGCAUCGUGCGGGUGGGUGGAAGGAGCAACAGUGAAAUCCUGAAACAGUUCACCCUGAGGGAGCUGAGAAACAAGCGGGAAUUCCGCCGCAACCUUCCCAUGCAUCUCCGGAGAGCUUACAUGAGUAUUGUGACAGAGAUGAAGGAGUCAGAGCAAGAGCUCCAUGAAGGGGCUCAGACUCUGGAAUGCACUAUGCGUGGUGUCCUUCGAGAGCAGCACCUAGAGAAGUACAUCUCCUCCAAACAUUGGGAAAGCCUGAUGAGCGGACCUAUGCAGGAUAGUGAGUGGAUGUACUUCCAGCACAGGAAGCAUUCCAUGAUGCUCGAAUGGCUAGGUCUAGUUGUUGGCUCUUUCGGUCAGAAUGUUGCCCCAGCAGGAACUGAGAAUUCAGCCCAGGCAGAAGGGGAAGAAGAGGAAGAAGGAGAGGAGGAAGGUUCACUGAUAGAGAUUGCAGAGGAGGCUGACUUGAUUCAAGCAGACAGGGUGAUUGAGGAGGAGGAGGUGGUGAGGCCCCGGCGCCGGAAGAAGGAAGAGAAUGGAGCAGACCAGGAAUUGGCUAAAAUGCUUUUGGCCAUGAGACUUGAUCACUAUGGCCCUGGGACCACAGCGGGACAAGAACAAGCUACAGGAGAGUGGGAGAUCCAGCAUAGCCAAAAAAAGAAAAUGAAGAAGAGAGUGAAGGUUGAACUUCGCAAACUGAACACUAUGACUGAAGCAGAGGCCAGGGAGAUCCAGGAUGUCUGGCAGCUAGACAUGAAUUCUCGAUGGCAGCUUUACAGGCUGUGGCUGCAGAGGUACCAGGCUGACACUCGCCGGAGGAUCCUGAGCUAUGAAUGCCAGUACCGCACAUCAGCAGAGAGAAUGGCAGAGCUGAGGCUGCAGGAAGACCUGCACAUCCUUAAAGAUGCCCAGGUUGUGGGAAUGACUACUACCGGUGCUGCUAAAUAUCGCCAGAUCCUACAAAAGGUAGAGCCUCGGAUUGUCAUCGUGGAAGAGGCUGCCGAAGUUCUUGAGGCUCAUACCAUUGCUACAUUGAGCAAAGCUUGCCAGCAUCUCAUUCUGAUUGGGGACCAUCAACAGCUGCGCCCCAGUGCUAAUGUGUAUGAUCUGGCCAAGAACUUCAAUCUUGAGGUGUCCCUUUUUGAACGACUAGUGAAAGUAAACAUUCCCUUUGUGCGUCUGAAUUACCAGCAUCGGAUGCGCCCUGAAAUUGCUCGCCUUUUGACUCCUCACAUUUAUCAGGAUUUAGAGAAUCAUCCUUCAGUUCUCAAGUAUGAGAAUGUUAAGGGAGUCUCUUCCAACCUUUUCUUUGUAGAACAUAACUUUCCUGAACAGGAGAUCCAAGAAGGCAAAAGCCAUCAGAACCAGCAUGAGGCUCAUUUUGUGGUGGAGCUAUGCAAGUACUUCCUGUGCCAGGAGUAUCUGCCCUCCCAGAUCACCAUCCUCACUACCUACACUGGACAGCUCUUCUGCCUUCGGAAACUCAUGCCAGCCAAGACGUUUGCUGGUGUCAAGGUCCAUGUUGUGGACAAAUACCAAGGGGAGGAGAAUGACAUCAUCCUCCUUUCACUUGUGCGGAGCAACCAGGAAGGCAAGGUGGGUUUUCUUCAGAUAUCCAACCGUAUCUGUGUGGCCUUGUCCCGAGCCAAGAAGGGCAUGUAUUGCAUUGGAAACAUGCAGAUGUUGGCCAAGGUACCCUUGUGGAGCAGGAUCAUCCAUACCCUUCGAGAGAACAAUCAAAUAGGCCAGACCCUCCAGCUUUGCUGCCAGAACCACCCUGAAACCUAUACAUUAGUAUCCAAAGCUUCAGACUUCCAAAGGGUGCCCGAAGGAGGCUGUAGUCUGCCCUGUGAGUUCCGCCUGGGCUGUGGGCAUGUCUGCACUCGUGCCUGCCACCCCUAUGACUCCUCACAUAUAGAGUUCCAGUGCAUGAAGCCAUGUCAGAAGGUCAUCUGCCCAGAUGGACACCGGUGUCCCCUUGUUUGCUUCCAGGAGUGUGAGCCGUGUCAAGUGAAGGUACCCAAAACCAUUCCUCAGUGUGGCCACAAGCAGAUGGUUCCUUGUUCAAUGCCUGAGUCAGAUUUCUGCUGUCAGGAGCCUUGUCCCAAGGUCCUGAAAUGUGGCCACAGAUGCAGCCACCCCUGUGGUGAGGGCUGUGUGCAGUUAUGUCCAGAAAUGGUCUCUGUAAAACUCAAAUGUGGGCACAACCAACAGGUAAAAUGUGGCAAUGUAGAAGACCUCAAGUAUGACAUGCCAGUCGAAUGUACAACCAAAUGUGGUACCGUCUUGGACUGUGGGCAUCCAUGCCCCGGCUCUUGCCACAGCUGCUUUGAAGGGCGCUUCCACGUACGCUGUCAGCAGCCCUGCAAACGCCUGCUCAUCUGCUCACACAAGUGCCAGGAGCCUUGUAUUGGUGAAUGCCCACCCUGCCAGCGGACAUGUCAGAACCGUUGUGUCCACAGCCAGUGCAAGAAGAAGUGUGGGGAGCUAUGCAGCCCUUGCGUGGAACCCUGUGUCUGGCGUUGCCAGCACUACCAGUGCACUAAGCUCUGCUCUGAACCCUGUGACCGACCCCCAUGCUAUGUGCCUUGUACUAAGCUGCUGGCUUGUGGCCACCCCUGCAUUGGUUUGUGUGGAGAGCCAUGCCCCAAAAAGUGCCGUGUUUGCCACCAGGAUGAGGUCACCCAAAUCUUCUUUGGCUUUGAGGAUGAGCAUGAUGCCCGUUUUGUACAGCUAGAAGACUGCAGCCACUUCUUUGAGGUACAAGCCCUAGACCGCUACAUGAAUGAACAGAAAGAUGAUGAAAUUGCCAUCAGGUUGAAGGUCUGCCCUAUCUGCCAGGUACCUAUCCGCAAAAAUCUGAGAUACGGAACCAGCAUUAAACAGCGGCUAGAAGAGAUUGAAAUUGUCAAGUUAAAGAUCCAGGGCUCAACAGGGGAAAUUGCCAUCAACCAGGAACGCCUUACGGCCCUACUGGAGACUAAGAGCCUCCUCCACCAGCUGCUUCCUGAAGACUCUAGAAUGCUGAAGGAAAAACUGGCCCAGCAACAUCUGUCAGUGAAGGAGCUCAGCCUUGUUGAAAAUUACAUCAGCUUCUAUGACCACAUGGCCAGUCUGCAUAAUUCCUUGAAAAAAGUACAUGUCUUAGAACAAAAUAGAGUGAGGACUCGACUAGACCAGGUCCAUGACUGGCUGGCUAAGAAACGCUUGAGCUUUACCAGCCAGGAACUAAGUGACCUCCAAAGUGAAAUCCAGAGGCUUACGUACCUGGUAAACCUCCUGACCCGCUGCAAGAUGGCAGAGGGGAGGCUGAAAGGUAGCGUAGCAGAGGAGGUCUCCAGUAUUCGGAACAUUCUUGAGAGAACAUGUAAGUUCACCCAGGAGGAUGAACAGCUUGUGCAGAAAAAGAUGGAUGCUCUGAAAGCCACCCUUCCCUGCUCUGGCCUGGGCAUCUCAGAGGAAGAGCGAGUACAGAUCGUCAAGGCCAUGGGUUUUCCUCGUGGCCACUGGUUCAAGUGCCCCAAUGGUCACAUCUACUUGAUUAGUGAAUGUGGGGGAGCCAUGCAGAGAGGCACCUGUCCUGAGUGUCAGGAGAUAAUUGGUGGUGAGAAUCAUACUCUGGAAAGGAGCAACCAACUGGCUUCUGAGAUGGACGGAGCCCAGCAUGCUGCCUGGUCUGACACAGCCAACAACAUGAUGAACUUUGAGGAGAUCCGAAGGAUGAUGUAGAUGGCACACUGCUGCCUUUUGCCCUGGCCACCAGCAGGGAUUGGCUUCCUUGUGAAGGAACCUUUUUUAUUACUGUCCUGUAGUCUUACCAUCUAUUUAAGAACCCACUUUUAGGGCUUACCCACAUUUGAUUUUAGAUUUACUCCUGCGCUAGAAUAAGCACUUUACUUCCAGAACUGAAACCAGAAUUAACAGAUCUCAUUUCUUUUCCUUUUCUGCAAGUUAGGGGACAGAUUCCCUUGAGUGUAUCUAGGGUAUCUACCCAGAGCUACACAGUAGUAACUCCAGGUCCUGACAUGGUCAGAUGUUUCUUCUGCAGUGUUUCCAACGCUGAAAUUAUGAAUCAGUGAGGCUCUUAACUUCUAGGCCCUAACUUGCAGGCUAACUUUCUAAUAAACUGAGGCCCAGAGUUCAUGAAUUGCUUACCCCUUCAAGGAGCACAAUUCCUACUGCCCUGCCCCUCAGGCACCAGCCUCCAGGAGAUGGAGGCAUGUGAUAGACAAGACUUUGCCACUCACCCUGGCCCAGCUUCAGUCACUGAGAAUUGGAAAGUAUCCUCCUCCCCCAAUUAAGGGCUUAUGCAGCAGGCCCAGGUAAGGAGUGACCGCAUAGCCUUUCUGUGACUUGCACUCCGACAGGGUUUUUCUUUCCUUGCCCUGGGAGAGGUUGGGUAGCAGGGCUGGUUCCCUUGGCCUUAAAUGGAGUUAAAUGCCCAUUCAGUGCCAACAGCAUCUCUCCCAGGUGUGAGCUUUUAUCCCAGCAUCCUCUCACAGCUUUUGUUUGCCUAGGCAGGGUUAGCAUGCCCACAGCUUCUGCAGGCCUCAGCCCCAGGCCAGAAGCCAGCCCUAGGCCUACACCUUGCAUCCGCAUUCCUUCUAUCCAGUGUCCCUUAGAACAGACACUUAGGCAUCUCAGGUCCUUUCUAAUGCUGGUCCUUUGUACGUAAGCAUUUCUUUUUUUGUCUUUACUAUGCACUUUAGCCUAUAAAGCCAGUUAAUAAAAGCAGAUUGAAAAAAAUGAGUGGUCUAUGUCUCCUUUAGAAGUGGCCUGAGACAAGGGACAGGGUGGGUGAUACCUGCAAUGCUUUUCUGGUUUUGGGUUCUUGUAUUAGGGGAUGAGACCUUUCUACUCGUGGUAAACAUAUUUUCUUCUCCAGCGGUACCCCUGUGUACCCUUCAUGAACCCUCCAGAGAUCGAUGCAUAAGCAGUUUUUCCCUUUUUUAAAAAGGGUUCUGCACUUAUUUUUUUCAGUUGGACAGGAUCUUGCUAUGUAGUUCAAGAUGACUUCAAAUUCAGCAGUCUCCUGCCUCAACCUCCUGAAUGCUAAGAUUAGAGGCAUGUAGCAGUGUGCUCGCCUGCAUGUGGCUUUUUUAGCAUGAUCUGUGAAGCACAUACAGAUGAGUCUGAACCAUAUCCCUUCAUAAGUGUGUCAUCACGUUCUGAAUUGGACCAUGUUGGUAACUGCUACAGGGCUUUUUUUGGUUUUUUGAGACAGCAUCUUAUGUAGUCCAGGAUGGCCUCAAACUUGCUAUCCUGCCUCAGCCCCAGGUGCUGGGGUUACAGUGUGCAGAUGGGGGGCCAACACAUGCCCUAAAAUUACACGGAACAUGAACCAGUUAUCCUAAAGGAUGCCCCACAGCUUUCUUGUAGUUCUUACAGGCCUAUGAUUCAAAAAAGGACAAUCAUCAUCCCACAGUGUAAAAGCUGGUUUCUACGAGGAGCUCAUUUACGGGGUCAGAGUUCUUUCUGCCCCCUUUCAGCUUCCAUCUCAGCAGCGCAGCACUCACAGCAAGUGGUAAGGGUUAGAGUACAAGUUCGGGUACACUGAUUUCAAAAACCUGAAUCACCACUGUGCAAUCCUGGGGAACCAGUCUUUCCAAGCUCCGGUUUGUUCACUGGCAACAAGAGUAACUUCCUGUCUAAAGUCACACAGUGAAUGGAAUCGGACAGCACGGCAUGAGGCUAGUGCUGUUACGCGAUACUUUUAGUUCUGCACUAUCAACAGAAGAGCGUUUCCCUAGCAGAAAUCUCACCCUACACCCAAUCCCUGUCCAAGCACAAACUGCAUUCCAAGUGUCCAUGACAGAGUGGGGUGGACUCUACCACUAAAGCAAGAAACUUCGACUUACUCCCCGCCACCCAACUAGCUUUCUCCGGCUUGGUGUGUCUGUCUCUGAAAGCCAACCGAGGCAGGAGUCUUGGCUAAUGACGCUUAGGAAGCAGCUGUACACCACUGCCCCAAAUUCUUACUUUUUAAAUGCACAAAUCACAGGCUUUAUAAACAAUUUUUUUAAAACAAAUGUUUAUUAUAUAAGCCAAAACAGGAUGACUUCCCACAGGGAAGGGAUUUAAGACUUUUCACGAAUUUCUUCAGGCCAUUACAGCUACUUCCUCCUCUUGUAUCUGUUACCAAAAAAAAAAAAAAAAAAAAAAAUCAGGA